AGAUUGCCUUCUAUUCAUUCUGUGUAAACAAUACAAUUGCCAUUCCGUAUCCCGAAAUCAAAAACGGAUUUUGAAAAUGAUAUCUUUGUUGACGACUUUUCUGAAGCUAUUCUGCUUUCAGUGUGCUCUUUGAUAUAGCCUAACAUUUUGUUACUAUGGUGCUUUGGCUCCUUGAACUCUUUUCUUGCAUAACAUCCUUGUUCAAAAAUUUAAUGAGUUUAUUACUUUAUUUGUUUCAUGUUCUGGUUAAUCUUCAUUCCGAUUGUAUCAGCGCUGGUAGCGUUAGCCUUUGCUGGAUCCAUUGGUAUGACCUUUGUCAUACUUGGCUGUGCUCUACCUCAAUAUGCAGUUUGGUGGCCUUUCUUCGUUGUUCUUCUCUAUCUCCUAGCACCAGUUCCAACACUUAUUGCACGUCGAUAUGCAGAGGAUUCCGGUGGUUCAGGGGGCCCAUGUCUUGAAUUUUCCAUUUUCAUUACAAUGGGAUUUAUUGUGUCUGCAUUCGCCCUUCCAAUAGUACUUGCAAGAUCUCCUGCUGAAAGUCCUGUGAUUCAAAUGGGAGCCUGCUACUUGACACUGGCUGGUAAUGUGGUCGUGUUCCUUACUUUACUUGGUUUCUUCUUAACAUUUGACCAAGAGGAUGCUGACUACAGUAUGUGGUGAAGUUUGAUACUUACUGGCAUUCCCUGCCACAUGGAAUGUUGUGGACAAUGAGACUGAUUUUAGGUACAGAAGAAACACUUGUGGUUUUUUUGUUCUUUUUUAAUGGUGUCAGAAAGCUGCUUUCUCUCGAUAGCCUGGCUUUUUAUACAAUCUAAAAUGAAAACAAGGCCACUCAGCACAUUUCUGCUAGUAUAGUAUGUGUCACAGCAGUUGCUUAUUUUACCAGUGCUGCCAUUUUUACUGUUAGGAAUAAUACAUGUUAGUUGUCCUUUCUUUUAUACCAUUGUUGGUUUCUUUCUUUUUUUGUUUAUAAAUCCUAAAACAACUAGUGUAGCACCCUUCUCUGCUUCUUUCUGUUUUGUAGCUGAGUGCCAACGGACGCUGAAAUAACUUAUGAAAAGUCUUGUACAUUGAACCCUUACUAAUAUGCUAGGUAGAAGUAGAGAUUUAAUGGGUCUAUAUUUCUAUCUGUGGUUUCCUCUUUCUAUAAUGGUUGAAAAUGUAUGACUGUGUAAUUAUUGCUGUUUUAUACACCAAUUUUUGUGGUUCUGUUAAUCCAAUGCUACAUUGAUGUUGAUCAAGAAGAUUUGUAUGACUCUAAAUUUGCAUUUUGAUGAGCAUAUAUGUACAGUAUUCAUACCCUAAAGACAUGCCCCUAUUAAAUACCAAAUAUGUCUUGAAUUUUUAAGAAAUAGGCACUUAAUUUAAUGCCUUGCUUGAUCACAUUUUAAUAAUUAUCAACUGUAUACACUUUUAUCUUAGUUUACACUCCAGAUUCAGUGUGAUUUACUCAAGCCCUGGUGAUCUAUUAAAUUAUUUACUAUUUA